GUGCGCGUGCCGCCGCGCCACGAGACACCUCUCUCGGCCCUGCGCGCCCGCCCCGCCUCCUCCGCGGCCACGCCCCGCCACGUGACGUACGCAUGCGCUCCGCCUCCUCUGACCGGCGUAGUUCCGCGUCUCCGCGCUCACCGCCCGCGGGUGCCAUUGCCUGCCCGAGUCACGUGCUGAGGGGAAGCGGGAAGGCGUCGUUCUUCUUUCCCAGCCCCUCCCCCCCGUCCGCCAUGUUUUCUGGCCGGGUCAGCCUUCGUGUUUCCCCGUGAGGAAAUGGCCGGGGAGCUGCAGGGAACCCAGGCACCGUUGCCUCGGCGGAGCCCGGGCUGACGAGGCGGGGCGGCGGGGGAAGCCGGAGCGGUUCUGCGCGGGGUGGGGAGGCCAUGGCGUCCAGCAGUAACUGGCUGUCCGGCGUGAAUGUCGUGCUGGUGAUGGCCUACGGGAGCCUGGUGUUUGUACUGCUAUUUAUUUUUGUGAAGAGGCAAAUCAUGCGCUUUGCAAUGAAAUCCCGAAGGGGACCUCAUGUCCCUGUGGGACACAAUGCCCCCAAGGACUUAAAAGAGGAGAUUGAUAUUCGACUCUCCAGGGUUCAAGAUAUCAAGUACGAACCUCAGCUCCUUGCGGAUGAUGAUGCCAGACUGCUGCAGCUGGAAACGCAGGGAAACCUGAAUUGCUACAACUAUCUGUACAGGAUGAAAGCUCUGGACGCCAUCCGUGCCUCUGAGAUCCCGUUUCAUGCCGAAGGCCGCCAUCCCCGUUCCUUAAUGGGCAAGAACUUCCGCUCCUACCUGCUGGACCUCCGGAGCGCCAGCACGCCCUUCAGGGGCGUGCGCAAGGCCCUCAUCGACACCCUGCUGGAUGGCUACGAGACGGCCCGCUACGGGACAGGGGUCUUUGGCCGGAGCGAGUACCUGCGCUACCAGGAGGCCCUGAGCGAGCUGGCCAGCGUGGUCAAAGCACGCGGUGGGAGCUCUCAGCGACAGCACCAGUCCGCAGCCAAAGACCUCACUCAGUCUCCUGAGGUCUCCCCGACCACCAUCCAGGUAACAUACCUGCCCUCCAGUCAGAAGAGUAAACGCGCCAAGCACUUCCUGGAAUUGAAGAGCUUUAAGGACAACUACAACACGCUGGAGAGCACGCUGUGACGCAGCUGGAGGGCCUUCGCCCAAGGGAGCCACACAGACUGCAGCGGGUCACCCUCGGGUCACCCGGCUCUGCCGGCCCGGAGCGGCCGAAGCCCCCAUCGCGUGCCGAGCUCUCAGAGCUCACGCCCAGGGGACCGUCCGCCAGCCUUCCUCCAAACGUCGGCGAAGACCUCAUUUUCUCUUGGUAGCACUUUUUUCUGGAGUUGAAUUCAGACGUUUUUCUUAAUGUUCCUGUCAGAGCUUCCUUAAAAAUCCUCCCUUGGUUUUGAUCACAAUUCAUCUGCCCUUUGCCAAGACUACGUGAACCCCAAGGGUGAGAGCGGAGGACGGGGCGAGCGUCCUCCACACCUGCCCCUUUGUACGCAGUUGACUGGGAACUCGCUGGGUUUGAGACAUCUGAGAGCUGAUCGGUAGGGAGGGCGGGGGAGGCCGUGAGUGGCAUGUGGAACUCACCUGGCGCUGCACUCGAACCAGGAAGUGUGAAAGCCACCUCCCUGACACACGGGGCCCACACCCGUCCACUUUCAUUCCAUGCUGUCGGGAAUAAACAGGAAAGAGAUGUUGGACACCUGAUAGAAUCCCAUCCCCCUCCUUGAUUGGGGAUGGAAGCUCUGGGACAGUGUGACGGGGUGGUCGGACCAGUGCAUGGGUCUGACUUUAUAAAUUAUUUAAUAAAAUGAACAAUGACAAAAUAA